GUUAUCGUCCUCUCCUCCUCAAAACAAAUACGCAAAUAAUAGAAGGAAAGAAAAUGUGACGCCAUUGAUGCGUCUGCCGAAGCUCCGUGUCUCCUCCAUUGACCGCGGGAAGCAGCAGUUCGUGCGUGAGCCAUUACGUCCGCUCGCCGUCGGCACCACACGCCAACCAUAUAAUCCCUCCUCGUCGUCGAGGCCAUCGCCGUCUGACUUCCCUUGCUCCACUCCGCAUCUUCUUCCCAGUCCCAGCACGAGGAUAGGGUAGAAUAAUCUAAUCAAACCGGAGAUCCCCCGCGAAUCAGGGGAGUCCGGUUCAGUGCCCGCCACCGCUCUACCAGCUCCACUCACCACCUAAUCCGUCCCAGCGACAGUUAAUUCUUGGAGGAUCCCCUCGGUUCCGCUCGAGCUAAUCCGAUCGGCCUUGUCUUAUCCCGGCUGCGAUUUGAGCUGAGAGGAUUCCACCCGACUGAGUGGAAAUAGAGAGAUAUGGAUCGGAGCAAGGAGGAAUUCCUGGAGCAGUUCGGCGCCGACUACGGCUACCCGGCCGCGCCCAGGGGCGUCGACGAGAUGCGGGCGGCAGAUUUCAAGCGGCUCGAAGGAACGGUGUACCUGGACCAUGCCGGCGCGACGCUGUAUUCGGAGGCCCAGAUGGCGAAUGUCGUCAAGGACCUUACUUCCAAUGUCUAUGGCAAUCCUCAUAGCCAAAGUGAUUCGAGCAUGGCCGCAACCGACCUCGUUACUGCUGCGCGCCAUCAGGUCCUAAAAUACUUCAAUGCAUCUCCUAGAGACUACAAAUGCAUAUUCACCUCUGGGGCAACAGCGGCUCUGAAACUUGUUGGUGAAUGUUUUCCAUGGAGUAGAGAAAGCUGUUACAUGUACACAAUGGAAAAUCAUAAUAGUGUACUUGGGAUAAGAGAAUAUGCUUUGAGGAAAGGAGCUACUGUAUUGGCGGUUGAUGUUGAAGAGGAUGGUGAUCUUGAAAAUAACCAUGGAAGUCCUAGUCCAAGUAUGUUUAAGAUCUCGAGACACUCAAACCAAAGAAGAGGUGACAAUGUGCUUUCACACAGUUGUCAGAACGGAAGUCUUUCAGCCAUUUCAGGCAACAAUUGGAAUCUAUUUGCGUUCCCUUCCGAGUGCAAUUUCUCAGGACAGAAAUUCAACCUUAACUUGGUCAAGCUCAUCAAGGAAGGAAAGAUUGUGGAGCUCCCUUCAUCACAGCAGGGUCAAUGGAUGGUUCUGAUAGAUGCUGCGAAAGGAUGUGCAACUGAACCACCAAAUUUAGGUGUGUAUCCUGCUGAUUUUGUUGUCUGUUCGUUCUACAAGAUAUUUGGCUAUCCAACUGGUCUUGGUGCUCUAAUUGUAAAAAAUGAGGCUGCUAGCUUGCUGAACAAGACAUACUUCAGUGGAGGAACAGUAGCUGCUUCAAUUGCUGACAUCGACUUUGCUAAACAAAGAAAGAACAUUGAGCAAGUUCUUGAGGAUGGAACAAUCUCAUUCUUGAGCAUAGCUUCUCUCCGACAUGGGUUUAAGAUAAUUGACAUGCUUACUACCUCUGCUAUUGCACGGCACACUGCAUCUCUAGCCACUUAUGUGAGAAAGAAAAUGCUGGAAAUGAAGCACAACAAUAAGAAAAAUGUUUGCAUAAUCUAUGGACAGCAAGCUUCUAAGGUGGCAGAUCUGAAGAUGAGCCCUACGAUCACAUUCAAUUUGAAAAGAGAAGAUGGCACCUGGUUUGGAUACCGGGAGGUGGAGAAGCUCGCUUCCUUAUCAGGAAUUCAUCUGCGUACGGGCUGCUUCUGCAAUCCUGGCGCGUGUGCUAAGUAUCUUGGCUUAUCACACUCCGAUCUAGUUUCUAAUUUUGAGGCUGGGCAUGUUUGUUGGGAUGAUAAUGAUGUAAUAAAAGGAAAACCAACUGGUGCUGUCAGGAUAUCAUUUGGGUAUAUUUCCACUUACCAAGAUGCAGAGGAAUUUCUGAAGUUCCUGGAAUCUUCUUUUCUGUCCAAACCAAUAGCCUCCAACAAUGGGUACACGUUGAAUAUGAACAUGCUUAACUUAGUAGACAACCGGAGUCAACAAGUUGUUCCAGAUGUUCGCUUAAAGUCCAUAAUUAUUUACCCUGUGAAAUCUUGCCAAGGAUUUAGUGUGCAGAGUUGGCCGCUGACCACUGGUGGUUUAAAGUAUGACAGAGAAUGGCUUCUCCAAGGAUCAGGUGGUGAAAUUUUGACACAAAAAAGGGUACCAGAGUUGGGCUCUAUCCGUACGUUGAUCAACCUGGAGCUUGGGAAGCUCUUCGUAGAGUCACCCAAACGCAAGGAUAAAUUGCAAAUUUCUCUUCUAGAGAAUUUGACUCAUCUAACCGCAGAAGUAGAUGUAUAUGGCCAAAGGUACGAGGUAGAAAGUUAUGAUGACAAGGUAAACACAUGGUUCAGCGAAGCUAUUGGACGUCACUGUACAUUUGUGAGAUGUUCAAACUCCAAGAAGCGUUCCUGCACAUUUGCUGGCAAGAACGGUCGUCUAUGCAGGGACACUCGAAGCAAACUUAGUUUUGUCAAUGAAGGACAACUGCUACUAAUAUCUGAACAGAGUGUCUCUGAUCUCAACAGUCGGCUCAGUUCAAGUAAUGGAAAUGGCAAGCAACAGAUGCUUGUUGAUGCAAUGAGAUUUCGUCCCAACAUUGUUAUCUCUGGGUCAAUGCCAUACGACGAGGACAACUGGAAAGAGCUUUGCAUUGGGGAGGCCUGUUUUACUUCCAUGGGAGGAUGUAACCGUUGCCAGAUGAUCAACCUACAUCAAAGCUCAGGGCAGGUGAUCAAGUCGAAGGAACCAUUGGCAACUUUAGCCUCAUACAGACGAGAAAAGGGCAAGAUUAUGUUUGGUGUGUUGUUUAACUAUGAAGAUGGCUUGGAUGGAGAAGAAGAGACUGUCGCGGAGAGAUGGCUCCAAGUAGGGCAAGAAGUGCACUCUUCCACAUGGUGAUUCUCUGUACAUAUAUUCGGGCCGGGAGCUACAUCAGAAAUAUGCUUGCCAUUUUGGCAACUGUUGAGUUGUUACAUAGCUACAUACCGUAACAUGUGGGCACCCAGAAGAUUUCCAAUACAUCAGCUGGAGAAACUUUUACAUGCACGAUGUGUGUACAUUGUUUUUAAAUGCUCUAUGUAAUAUUCUUUAAAACCUAGGGCUGUUUUACAGCACGUAAAAAUAAACUCAAGGAAAUGGAAAAUAUAGCCAGAGAUGGUUCAGAACUUGAGAUGUUAAUAAGAGUUCCUCA